CCCGCGCGAGCGCGAGCCUCAGGCGGAAGUGCUGCGUCGUGCACUUCCGGGUGUUGUCUGGCCGCCGUCGCGCGUCUCGGGUCUCCCGGCCACCGCCCGGGUCGUGGAGGCAGGAGCGACGUCACCGCCAUGGCGGGCAUCAAAGCUCUAAUUAGCUUGUCAUUUGGAGGAGCAAUUGGCCUGAUGUUUUUGAUGCUUGGAUGCGCCCUUCCAAUAUACAACCAAUACUGGCCCUUGUUUGUUCUGUUUUUUUAUGUCCUUUCGCCCAUCCCAUACUGCAUAGCAAGAAGACUAGUGGAUGACACGGAUGCCAUGAGCAAUGCUUGUAAGGAGCUCGCCAUAUUCCUCACGACCGGCAUUGUUGUCUCAGCGUUUGGACUCCCUGUUGUGUUUGCCAGAGCACAUCUGAUUGAGUGGGGAGCGUGCGCACUGGUUCUCACAGGAAACACAGUCAUCUUUGCAACUAUCCUGGGCUUCUUCUUGGUCUUUGGGAGCAACGAUGACUUCAGCUGGCAGCAGUGGUGAAAGCAGCUGCUGAGCUGUCGCCACAUGGACUUCUGUCGUCUGCUGGCCGCCCAUGCGCAGCAGACGGGGACCGUGAUGCUGAGUUGUGUAGCGAGCUCCUUCGGGUGUCCCAACCACUCCCUUCUCACUAUUGUACGCCUACUGUUUCCACGGGGACUUGAUGAGGAUUAAAAGGAUUUUUCUCUUCUGGAAAAGCUUGACUGGUUUCCCACGUCUCUAGACUGCUUUCUGUGGUGUCCUGCUGAAUCUAAAAUACUCACCUGUUUUCCCUGGUCAGUUGUUUUUAAAUCAGUAUGCAAUGUUAAACAUUUAAAAAAUGUAAUGACCAUUUGCAUUGGUUUAGAAAUUCAGAACUUCUGGCUGUAUUAUGGGCUAAAGUACAUAUUUUCUCUAAAAAUCAUUUAACCUCCAUUAUAAUAUAUAUAUAUGUAUGUAAGUUUUUUCAGUCAGGAUGAUAUCAUUCCCAGGUGAAUGCAAACAUUCAGAUUGUUGACAUACCUUAUACACUAUUUACUCAGUGCAAAAUAGCCGCAUUUAUACCUCAGGGGGGGGCCAAGUCAUACUGCCCAUGCCCUCUAUAAGGGUUACUGGUUUUACUAGUGGACAGGUGUUCUGUGAACUGAAAAUUAUUUUAUGGAAUUGCUACAGAAGAGUGCUCUUCUCUUCGAUUGUUAGAAUUUAUGUUAAACUUUAAGGUACAAGUGAAAAAACACAUCUGGGGAUACAGUUUAUAUUUGUGUUUGUUGCCAUCAAAGCAAGUGAGAAGAAGCGAGGCUGAAAUCCCCGGUUUGAGUGCCGCUUCCAUUUCUAAGUGAUGAGUCUGAGCUUCGUUGGCCUCCUGUGGUUCAGAGGGUGCCGCAGACAAGCAUGGGACAGUUAUGUGUUUGCAUUGUAGAUAAUCAAAACUUUUCCCCUGCUUCCUCAUUUUAACUUAUUUUGUACAUUGUAUAUAUUAAGUCAGAGAACUUUUCAAAUAUAGUUUAAUAGCAUUUAGAAAUGUUUGACUACUAGGAAAAACUGAUUGCUAUGCCAUACAUUCAGAGUGCCCCUCCCCCUCGAGGCCUUGACUCGAUUCACAAGUGACUUGUUAGUCUUGCAGGUAAUCCAGGGACAGAGAUUUGUAGGACUUGGACUAUGAUAGGAGCGGUCUCCUGGGAUUAGAGCGUGUGUAUUUCAAAACCACUUGAGACAGGCUUCCUGGUGCCUCCUGAUUGAGGUGUGGUUUCAUCAUGACAGAUCUGCUGUUGUAAAGGUAGUUGUUGUAUGAAUUAAUUCAGAGCUGUAUCACAGCUUCAAACUCAAACUCGACCACAAACUUUCCCAAGUGGCCAGGCUUGACCAAACCGUAGCAGUUAUUCGAAUCUCCAAUUCUCAGUCCUUAAUUCAAGAGCUGGUUAUGAAAAAUGUUCACAUUGAUCCAACAGUAUUUUGUGAAGACAUUUGUAUGUUUCUUCAGUCUGCUUAUAUAAAAAGAAGUGUUCUGCCUUUAGCUGAAAAUGAGUAACCAUGACAACUGUCUUUUGUUGUUUUCUAGAGUUCUAUUUCUCAACAACAACAGCAACAAAAUGGGAACAUAGAUGACAUUUGUUCAGCUUUUUACUAAAGAUGCCUAAAGCUGCAGUGUUUCUUUUGUUUUGUGUGACCUGACCAAUGUUUGAUUUCCUGUGGCUGUGAGGUGGGAAGCCAUGUGAAACAUACCGUGCUGUCUGUGGGUUAGACCAGACGGGGCUCACUGAGGGAUGCUGGUGGAGGGGGUGGUGUGUACACGUGUCAGAACUCUGCCUUCGUCAGGAUGGAGCGGAGGCUCCCUCUCAGGUCCUUCCCCAUUUUCCGUCCCUUCACACGUGCAGUGUGUGCGCUCGGCCAUAGACUCCUUUCUAAAGCUGCAUAUGCUUUCUGGGUCUGACGAGGACACUGGCUUGACAGUCCCCACCGAUGGUUUCUAGGCUACUUGCUUAAAAGUUUUCGUGAAGAUGCACCAAGACAUGGCCAUUCUGCUGUGGAGAGAGAAAGGAAACUUUUGAUGAUGAAACAAUAAAGAUUUUAAAUAUC